CCCUUAAGAGGGAGGAAAACAGAGACCAAGCGACCUCGGUUAUUCCGUCGCCCGUCCGUCUUCUUUCAUGGCCGCCGCAGCGACCUGCCUCAGGACCGUAUUCCGGUCCUCAUCUUUCCGUAACGCCGCAGUAAAAAUCGCUGCGGAUGCCAAAGCCUCUCGCUCUCCUUUUCCUCGCCUCUCCAAACAAAAACCUAAGCCUUCUCGCCUCACCAGGUCUCCCAUGGCGAUGAGUUGCUGCGUGGAGUCGCUGCUGCCGCUGCACAGCGCCAAUGCUUUGGCAAUCCUCAAUUCAAUGCUUGCAGUUUAUCGCCGCAAUUACUGGCUCUACGAAGGCCAAGAUGAAACUAGAUGAUGAUCAAGCACACAAACAUGGAAUAACUUGCUGUUUCUCUUUUCCUUUUGCUUGUCAAGCUCCGAGGAAUUAGUGAAUGGUUUUAUUUUUUUAUCAAUAGAUUAGGUGAGAAGGCAACUGUUUUAAUAUAAUGAGGAAUGAUAGAUGUUUUGACGUAUGUUGAAAAAAUGAAGAGAAUGGUGAACAGUUGUUGAAAUGUUUAUGAAGCAGUUCCCGUUGCUUAAUCAUGCA